AUUUAUUCAUUGAUCAACUAUCACAAUCUGAAAAUGUUUCUGACUUUGCUCCUUGUUAUACUUGGGACCCAGGCUUCUAAAACACAGCAACCUGCCUCUGAGUCUGUAGAUGUUGUCCUUCUGAUUGACAGCUCUAAUACCUUCGGCAGACAAGGUUUUCUCUCAUUAAAAAAUUAUGUGAAUAGAAUGAUCAACAAUCUUCCAAUAGGGCCAAAUAAAUAUCGCCUUGCACUUAUCCAAUACAGUGAUGAUAUCCAUGUUGAAUUCCAGCUGGAUGACUUCAAAGGAAAAAACCCUAUGCUGAACCAUGUUAAAAAGAGAUUUUCAUUCCAGGGUGGGUCUUUAAGGACUGGGAAUGCCAUACAAAAGAUCCACAAGACUAUUUUCAAGGCACUAAGAAGAGACAGACACCAGGUUUUGAUUAUUACCACUUCAGGGGUAUCACAAGAUGACGUGGAAGGACCUGCUACAUUAAUGAGAGAAGAUGGGGUAAAAAUAAUUGCUUUAGGAAUGCUGAAUGCAUCUGAGCAAGAGCUGAAGUCAAUGGCCACACAUCCAUUCAGUUACCAUUUUGAUACACUAAAAGAUCUCCAAAAGUUUUCCUCAAAUAUAUUGUCUGUUAUUGAAUCAACUAUAGCAAUAGAUGAGAAUUUAGUCUUCUCCACAGCUACCCCACCAAGUACAAUUUAUGCUCAUAGCAUGCCCAUAAAAGUUGUGGAUUGUUCUGAUGAUUUAAUUGCAGAUGUUGUAUUUGUGGUGGAUGAAGCUGUUUCACCUACAAAUAGUGAAUAUAUUGUAUCUUUCUUACAAAACAUAACAACCUCUCUUGAUGUGCAGAAAAGCUGCAUCAGAAUUGGUCUUGUGACAUACAGCAAUGAGCCUCGUGUACUUUCUCAACUGAACACAGAAACAGAGAUAAAAGAUCUUAUAUUUAAAAUCAAGAGCUUUUCUCCCAGGGAAGGAAAAGCUAAAUUAGGUGCUGCCUUAAACUUUACUAGAGAAAUAUUUUUUACUGAAAGUGCUGGAAGCAGAAGGACAGAAGGUGUGGAACAAAUAGCUACCCUCAUCGCCCACAGACCCUCUGAGGAUAGUGUAACUGAAGCAUCAAGUCUCCUUUUGCAGAAGGGUGUGACAGUAUUUGCCAUAAGCAGUGAAGGGGCUAAUAUCACACAGUUAGGUGGAGUAGUAUCCUAUCCCCCAAAUAGAAAUAUUAUAAAAGUUGACCAUUUUUCAAAUCUGGCAGAUAAGUCUAAAAUUUUUGAGAAGAAACUAUUCAAACAUAUUCAUAUGUUUUUUGACGAAGCUGAAAGAACAGAAGAGUUCCGAUCAGGAUGUAUGGAAACAGAAAAGGCUGAUAUUUAUUUUCUCAUUGAUGGUUCAUCAAGCAUCAGUCCCUCAAAUUUUAUUAAGAUGAAGACAUUCCUAAAGGAAGUAAUUAAGCUAUUUACCAUAGGACCUGAUCAUGUUCGAUUUGGAGUUGUUCAGUUUGGAACUCUUUAUCAAACAGAAUUUGAACUUGAUAAGUAUAUGAAAAUCAGCCAUUUAGAAAAAGCCAUUAAUAAUAUAAUCCAAAUGGGAGUAGACACAUAUACUGGAGCUGCUAUAUGGUCUAUGCAGCCAUUAUUUGAAAAGGCAAAAAAACAGUGAGGUGGCAAAGUCCCUUGUUAUCUCAUUGUACUGACAGAUGGAAAAGCACAUGAUAAUGUGCUGGAACCUUCUAAAAUGCUAAGAAAAUCAGCAGUCAAUAUUUAUGCUAUUGGUGUGAAAUCUGCUAAUAUCACACAGUUAAAUGAGAUUGCAGACUCAGAAUCAAAGGUUUACUAUGUGGAACAGUUUGACUCCUUGAAAAAUAUAAAAAAUGAAAUUGUUCGAGACAUAUGCUCUGAAAAAGCCUGUGAGAAAAUGAAAGCUGAUGUCAUGUUCUUAGUAGACAGCUCUGGAAGUAUAAGCCAUCAAGAUUUUGAGAAGAUGAAGAAGUUCAUGCAAGAAUUGGUAGAUAAGUGUAGUGUUGGUCUAAAUGAAGUGCAAUUCGGUGUUGUACAGUUCAGUAGCACCAAUAAAGAAGAGUUCCAACUCAACUCAUCAAAAGAUUACAUUAUUAACGCUAUUGGGAACAUGACUCAAAUGUAACAGAACACUUAUACUGGAAAAGCUCUGCAAUUUGUUUCUGAUUAUUUCAAACCAGCAAAAAGAGCACGGCCUUCUGUCAACAAAAUUCUUAUCCUCCUCACAGAUGGGGAAGCACAUGAUAAUGUAAGAGAACCAUCCAGUGCUCUAAGAAAAGAAGGUGUCAUUAUCUAUUCCAUUGGGAUUACUGGUGCUAAUGUUACACAACUAGUAGAGAUCAGCGGGGCACCAAACAACAUGUUUUACUUGAAAGAUUAUGAUGUUCUGAAAUACAUAGAGAAAGACAUCAUGUUUCGCAUAUGCAGUCCAUAUAAGCUGGAUGAGUGCAAAAGGAUAAACCGUUUAGAUCUGGUUUUUGUAAUUGAUAGUUCUAGCAGUAUUGGUGAAACCAACUACAUUCUCAUGAAUAACUUCAUAAUUGGCAUUGUAAAUAAGUCUGAUGUAGGUAAAGACCAUGUUCAGUUUGGAGCAGUAAAGUAUUCCAAUAAUCCAGAAAUUAUGUUCAAGCUGAAUACCUAUAGCAAAAGAUCAGAUAUCAUUAAAUUUAUUCAGGACAACGUGCUUUUAAAAGGAGAUACAUACACAGCAAAGGCUCUUCAGCUCUCAGAAAGUCUUUUAACUAAAGAAAAUGGCAGCCGCAUAGACCAAGGGGUCCCUCAAGUUCUUAUGGUCAUAACUGAUGGAGAAUCUCAUGAUAGGGCAAUACUGGAUAGCACUUCAAAUGAACUCAGAAAGAAAGGAACUAUUAUUUAUGCCAUUGGAAUAAAAGACGCAAAUCGUGAGGAACUUGAAAUCAUGGCUGGAUCAAAAGACUACUGGUUCUACAUGCCAUCAUUUGAGGGACUGGAAAACAUAACCACAAACCUUAUAUCAUGUUUUUUUUAUUGGAUUCCUUUUGCAGAAUGUGAUAUUGAAGCAGAACUUGUUAUCCUAGCUGAUUCCAGAAGUAUCCCUGACAAAGAACUGAAGGCUGUGAAGGAUUUUGUGAUAAAAUUGCUUAAGUCAAUUAUAAAUAAAGACAAUAUUCUAGUUGGAAUGGCCCAAUUCAGUAAUACACUUCAAGAAGUAUUCCAGCUGGGUGCUUAUCAAGAUCUACCAGAACUGUAUAGUAAAAUUACUAAUAUGUCACUGAUCACAGGAGGGUCCACAUUGAUUGGACAUGCCCUCAGAAAAGUCAAAACCUUUUUCAAAACCAGCAAAGAAAGAGUAGCUCGAAGUGUUAACCAAAAGUUGCUCAUAUUCACUGAUGGAAGAUCAGAUGAUGAGUUUCCUCAAGCAGCAAAAAAAUUGAGAGAUGAAGGUGUGGAAAUCCAUGCAGUUGCAGUAGGAAAUGUGACUGAUUCAAAACUUCUGCAGAUUACCAACUCCCCAAGCAGAAAAUAUAAGGUUGACCAUUACAGUGAUCUAAAAACUCUUGUUAAUCAUGUAAAUAAGGAAAUUUGUAAAGAGACUACUGAAGCAACAUGUUUUGUAGAUAUUAUUAUUGGAUUUGAUAUGUCAUCUCAGAAGCCAGGAAACAAUUUAUUCAGUGAGCAACAUCAUUUGGAGAUUUAUCUUCCUGAUAUUAUAAAAGGCCUAACAUCUUUAAGCAGCACAAGUUGCUCUAAGGAUAAAAAAGCACAAUUCAGUGUGACUAUUUCAGUAGAAAACACAGAUAAACCUUUCUGGGCAAAAUUUCAUUAUGUUGAUGACACAAAUAUAGUAACAGAACUCAGAAACGUUGUGGUCAACAGACCAUCUCAUCUCAACACUGACUUCUUGGAUGCUCUUUGGAAUUUAGUUAAAAAUGUGACUGACAUAGAAAAUCGAAACACGGUAUUACUUCUUUUCUCAGAUGGCUUGGAUGAUAAUAUAAUAGCACUUGGACAAAAAUCUGAAGAACUUAGAAUACAAGAAAUCCUCAUGGAGAAUCAUGCAUUGCUUUAUGGUGCUUUGGAAUCUGUAAUGACAGGUACUCCAGGAUUAGUUGGUGAUGAUGGUGAACUAGGAACAUGGGGUUACCCUGGACACCUGAUCCACAAAUGGUAUCAGAUGGCAGUGGCAAUGGAUCUCAAACUCAAUUGGUACAAGAAGUGCAGAACCAUGGCGCAAAAGACAAAGGCCCAGUCAGAGAAGUGCCAGCUUGGGAGACAAUCAAAUUCCGGCCAAGUCGCAGAGUCCCCUAGCAAAGCCUCGGGACCACCCAUCAAGUGCUUCCAUUGUGGCCAGCAAGGCCAUCAGGUGGCCGAAUGUCUAGAACCAGCUUCCCAGCCAAAGGGGAAGCCACCGGAGCCCACCAAGGCAAAGAAGCCCCAACAAAAGGGUCCAAAAGGAGCAAAGGGCCAGUCCUUCUAUUCUCCUUGUGAACUUAUUGAAUAUGUACAGAAACAUAGCUCCUGCUGGACAGGAAUACCAAAAUGUCCAGCAUAUCCAACAGAAUUAGUAUUUGCUUUGGAUAUAUCUCAAGAUACCAAUCCUAAGAUAUUUGAAGAAAUGAGAAAGACUGUCAUUGAUAUUGUGAACCAAACAAACAUCAGAGAGAGCAAUUGUCCUGUGGGAGCCAGAGUGGCUGUUGUGUCCUACAGCUCCAACACCAACUAUCUGAUCCGCUUUACAGAUUUCCAGAACAAGAACAAGUUGUUACAGGAGCUCAAUAGACUUUAUUUGCAGAGAACAACCAACAGACGGGACAUUGGUGGAUCCAUGAGGUUUGUUGCCAGGCAUCUCUUCAAGCGAACUCUCCAAGGUGCUAAUGUGAGGAAAGUUGCUGUCUUCUUCAGCAAUGGAGAGUCUGAACAUCCUGACUCGAUUGGUACAGCGGUCCUAGAGUUCAGUGCCUUAGGUAUCCAGCCAGCAGUCAUUUCUUUUAAAAGCAUCCCUGAAAUUACCCAAGCUUUUGAGAUGGACAGCACAGGAUUGUUUCAAGUUAUCCACCUCCAUCAGAAGAGUGAUUAUCUUUCAGUCUUAGAAAGACUUCAGGUGUGCGUAAUUUGCUAUGACAAAUGCAGACCAGAUGAAUCUUGCUUCAGAACGCAACCUUUCAAAACUGAGGCUUAUAUGGAUGCUGCAUUCAUUCUGGAAAAUUCCAGGAAAAUAAGCACUACUGGAUUUGAAGAACUAAAACAUUUCCUAAGUAGAGUAUUGGACAGCUUUGAAAUUUCUACAGAUCCAAAGACCUCUUUGAUAGGUGAUCGGAUAGCUGUUGUGAGUCAUGCUCCACUGAAUUUCCAAUUCCAAAGACAAGAACUUCCAGUAAAAAUUGAAUUUGACUUGGUGACAUAUGAAAGUAAAAAACAAAUGAAGAGGCAUAUUGAAAAGUCUUUUCAGAAACUAAAUGGAGAAGCAGCACUUGGCCAUGCCAUAAAGUGGACAAUUGAUAAUAUCUUUUCAGAGGGACUUAACCAGAGAGAAAAAAAGGCUAUUUUUAUCAUAUCUGUUGGGGAAACAAGUCCUUGGGAUAAGGAAGUGUUGAGUGAUGCAGCCCUAAGAGCCAAAUGCAAAGGCUAUGCUGUAUUUGUGCUUUCAAUAGGACCUCAAUAUGAUUACAUAGAACUUAUGGAACUGUCAAGCCUUCCUUUGGAACAUCACAUAGUACAGCUUGGCAGAAUCCACAAAGCUGAACUUGAAUAUGCAGUCAAAUUUCUGAAGCCAUUAAUACAUCUGCUCAAAACACUCCAUUUGACAAGACUCCACCAAAUAAAAUUCAUUUAAUUGAUGAGAAUGGCUCUGCUUUUCCAGAAC